UGGAACCGCAUCUUAUCUAAAAGACCGUCCUUCACGGGUGGGAAUAAAAAGAGCACAGAGGCGCCGCCGACGGACGCACAACAUGCUGCCUGCCGUCGUUAAGCUCUGCUGUGGAAUCUCCUACCCGCACCUCAGGAGUCCGGCAGGACUUCAACGCACCGCCAUGGCGGUCAUAGGCCAGGAGUUCUCUCACCUGCAACAGGGGGGGCAGGUCACAUGGCGUAUGAGGACGCUGGCCGCUUUAAGCUACGACGGUACAAACAAAGAAGCAAAAUCAAGUUAGCCGUCGUUAUUAAAAAUAAUCGUUCAAUCAUCCUCAGGACCCCAACGAGUCGACGGCGACGCCGUAGCAGCAAGAGGUGAGCAGCAGGUCUUCGUGCGGAAAGGCCGUGAGGCGAUGACGAAGGCUCUCGAUGUGCUGGAGCAGGAAGAUGGCUGGAAAAUGGAGAUUUCAGAGAGCAAUGGAGAUGUGAUCUACAGCAAAGUGGUCCAAGGGUCCAGGAAGGUGUUCCGGCUUGAGGCGGUCCUGGAUGCCAACCUGGAUGAACUCUACGACAUCCUGUUUGCCAGAGUCGAGGAGAUGCACCAAUGGAACCCCAGCAUUCAACACGUCAAAGUUCUCAAGCGAGUCGGGCUGGAAACGAUGGUCACGCAUGAGGUGUCGACGCAGGCGGUGGGGAAUCUGAUUGGUCAGAGGGACUUCCUGAGCGUGAGGCACAGCUGCAAACGACAAUCCCGGAUUUAUCUGGGAGGGGGGGCCAUUCAGCUGGAUGCAUUCCCACCGCUGGCAGGCUUUGUCAGAGCAGAGGACGGGCCCACAUGCAUCAUCAUUGAGGCGAUGGGCGAUGGUUCCUCCCAAAGGAGUCGCCUCACAUGGCUCCUCAACAUGGAUGUCAAGGGCUGGCUUCCCAAGUCUAUUGUCAAUCAGGCUUUGCCAAGAGCUCAGCUGGAUUUCACCAAGCACCUUCGGAGGCGCCUCACAGCAGGCGCCGCUCUGGGCUGA